UGCCUAUGCCCGCCGCGCGGCCCGCGGGCGGCGAUUCCGCUGGGAGGGAGCGGGCGGCGGCAUGGCGGGGCUCCGGGUCUGCGCCCUGCUCCCGCUGCUCGUCGGCGUCUGCGGCGCCGUCACCGGCUCCCGGGUGUACCCCGCCAACGAAGUUACCCUGCUGGACUCCCGCUCGGUGCAGGGCGAGCUGGGCUGGAUAGCGAGCCCCCUGGAAGGAGGGUGGGAGGAAGUGAGCAUUAUGGAUGAGAAGAACACUCCGAUCCGCACCUAUCAAGUCUGCAAUGUGAUGGAGCCCAGUCAGAAUAAUUGGUUACGAACUGAUUGGAUUCCCCGUGAGGGGGCUCAGAGGGUAUAUAUUGAAAUCAAGUUCACGCUGAGAGACUGCAACAGCCUGCCAGGUGUCAUGGGAACUUGCAAAGAGACUUUCAACCUCUAUUACUAUGAAUCAAACAACGAUAAGGAGCGUUUUAUUCGAGAGAGCCAGUUUGCCAAGAUCGACACCAUCGCCGCUGAUGAGAGCUUCACCCAGGUGGACAUUGGUGACAGGAUCAUGAAGCUGAAUACAGAGAUACGGGACGUGGGACCUCUCAGCAAGAAAGGGUUUUACUUGGCUUUUCAGGAUGUCGGAGCCUGCAUUGCUUUGGUGUCCGUUCGUGUUUUCUACAAGAAGUGCCCGUUGACAGUUCGAAACCUGGCACAGUUUCCAGACACCAUUACCGGGGCUGAUACAUCCUCUCUGGUGGAGGUUCGCGGCUCCUGUGUCAACAACUCGGAAGAGAAGGAUGUGCCAAAAAUGUACUGUGGGGCAGAUGGUGAAUGGCUGGUGCCCAUUGGCAACUGUCUGUGUAAUGCUGGCUAUGAAGAGCGUAACGGCGAAUGCCAAGGUCAUUGACACAGAAAGAGGUAGCAAAGCAAGCAACUGACCGCCUUUGUGCUAGACUCCCAAGAGAACAGAGCCUUUUGAAUGUUCUGCUUGAUUUCUUUUAAAUGAUAAUUUACGGUCAAUAUGGAGUUCCCUAUUACACGUUAAAAUUAAGCUUUGGCAGGAAAAAAGCACCAAGUAUAAACCUCAGCCUCCAUUUGAGCAGGAUUGCCAUGGGCUGUAGUGAGAGCUGAAAAAUGAGCAGCGCGAUGAGGGGGCAUCCUGUUUGGCUUAAAUUACUACCUAUAGAGUCCUGCGAGACAGAAGCUUGAAAAGAAAAGCUGUGUACGAUGAAAGAUGCAAAUCCACGGACGUGGUACUGAAUGGGUGCUGCUGAGGAGAGCCAUGGGUGGCUGAGGAGGUGUUGUUAUCCUCAAAUAGAUCCGUAACUUCCAGCAAAGCUUCUCCACACAUUUACAGCCUGGGAAGUGAGAGGAGGAAGUGAACGGGGGGAUGUGUUUUGGUUUAUUGCUCGGAAAUUGUCCUGCCUUCUCCUGAAGGCCUGUUGGGUCAGCCCCGGUCAUGCUGGUUGACACAGAUCUAACACUUCUCCUCUUCAGCGGCCUGGACGUGAUGAGCUAAUUGCACAGCAAGCGCUGCCAUGUUCAAGGGAAGGCACUCGGGGUUUGCUGGUGGGCAGAGGUGAUAGUGGGCUGCUUUUUCACUUAUUCUUUUCUGUUGUUGAACUGAGAAAUGAAUGUGUCAGGUCAGGUUACCUGCCGGCCCUUAGCUGCAGCCGGGAAGGCUGGGGCUCGGGAAGCCCGGUGGUCGGGUUCCUAGGCUGGAGGCAGAUCAGGUGGCAUCGCUCCUAGAGCAGGGGAAGAAACUUUGUCUCUUGGAUUCAUUCGCCGGAGUGGAGCCGGCCUGUGCCAGCUCUUCUCAGAGGAUUCGAGCCAGCAAGUAAUUGGAAAGCGCUAAGCCCAUUUCAUCAGUGGUUACUUGCGGUUUCCUUUUCCUAACAUCUGCCAUUCUCCAGCCAGAACGGCUCACCGGGAAGCUCCUCGAGCUCCUGAAGCCGAGCAGAACCAUGCGGCUGGCUCGGGCCUCCAGCAAGGUGGUGACGGCGGGGCGGCCUCCGACACCGCGGGGUGAGCCUCCCCUCGCCCUGCGCCCUGCCCUGUGUCACGGCGGAGCCAGUGUUCUGCUCUGUAGCCUGCUGGAGGGAAGCGAGGAGGAUUCCUGUGGAUUUGGAGCACGGACGGGGCGGAGGAAAGAGGCUGAGCCUGUGAAAGGCUGUAGAAGGGUGCCGGGCUGGGCCCGGGGCUGGUGAGCAGGUUCCACCCCAAUUGUUUUUCAAUAGGCUGACUGCGGCAGGAUGAACACAAGGAAAGGUCAGGGGUUGUCCGUUCCCUCAUCCAUCUUCCCCUGUGAUCCUCGGGUGGGAGUUAGGAUUGAUUAAGAUCUUAAAAGUUUGACAAGAGCUUGGUGGGCAGGAGUGGUUGGGGCCGGAGGAGCAGGGGCUGUGCUCCCCUGCUCCCCUGGGACCAGCCUCCAGCUGCGCAGCCCCGCAGGCCCCGGGUGGACUCGUUCCACCCUCUGAGUGCUGUGUAAGGAGUGCUGUCCCUGGGCUGCUUUUGCUUAAUUUCUGCUGUGUGUAGGAGAAAAAUAAUGGGAAGCACUUCACUUCUGAAGUGGCUCCUGUAGUGGGCAUUAAUGACUCUCUGACCUUGGCGAGGAUUUAUUUAAAAUAAAAAAAAUAAUUGUGUGGUAUGGAGGUGUUUGAUUACACAAAGCCUGUCCUUCAUUCAAACAACUGCUGUUUUUUUUUCCAGCAGACUUUGAUCAUCUUACUGAACAUCCAUGUAUCUACAUCUAUAUGCAUGCGCAUAUAUAUAUGUGUGCGGAAAAGCAGAGCAGGAAGGGAAAGAAGCAAAGUAUUUAAUUCAUAUUUAUUUGAGAAACUUCACAGGUGUAACAAGGGUGGUUCCGUAACAUUGUCUUGAUAAGUAAAAAUGCCAGAUGAGCACUGAUUCUUUUCUUACAGCUGCAUUUGUAGCUGUGAACUCAGUGCAAAAAGAGAGCUUCCUAUUGUUCUCUUUUUUUUUCCUGUAUUUUUUUUUCCCAAAAAUUCUCGUGCUAAUGGCUGUCCAUUCAGGAGAGCAAAAAUGUGGAAUAGUGUUGAUCGAAUGAGAAACUAUCCUGACUGGCGACACAUCUCAAGGCUAAGGUAAUUAGUGCUUUAGGGUAAAGUUGAGACAUGAAGUUAUUCUAAAAUUUGCUUGUAUGUAUCAUUGUUAUGCAGAUUGUUUUGUUACACAUUAAUAUAUUGUGGUUUGCAUUUAGUUAUGAUUUCCUCAUGAUAAACUGCAUAUCUUUUUAUCUCAAACAUUGAAGGUGGAAACAAGCAGGAAGGGAGAAAAGACAGAUUAAAGAAGCAAUAGACUGUAGCCAUCUGUGAUGAUUUUGAUGCUGUGAAAUUACAAAUCUCAAUUUUAGAGCUGCCAUUUAGUAUAAAUAUGUGAGACAGUUGAGAUUUUUACUGUGACAUUGUAAAGGUUAUGAGAGCCAACAGCUUUGUCUUCAUCUACACUUGCUUUUUUGAGUUGCGAAUUGGCCAAUUGGCAGAAAAUCCAGUGUCAUUUAAAAUAUGGCUCAAUCCCAUUCUCAUAUCACUGCUGUUUUUAGAAUUUUCCUUCUAACUUUGAUAAAAGCAUCCCUAAGAAGUAAUAAUUUGAAUGAUAAGAUUCUUUUUAUCUCAGAGGCUUUGAAGAGUGACUGUGAUCAUUGAGAGCAGCAGUUCAGUUUAUAUCAGAAGACUACAGUCUAAUUAUAUUCUUUUCUGUGAUAAGAUUUUUGGAUGGUGGGUUUUGUCAGGGUGGGGAAGUGAAGCAAUUUGUGUGUGCUUUCCCAUUUUAGUAAUAGACAACUUUUUUUGUCAGAAUAACACUGAUGAACAGUCUGGCUGCACAAAAGGGUAAUCAGAAGGGUGACUAAGACUGUACUGAUUUGAGAUUCCAGAAAGAUUUUUGUUUUUUGGGGGGGUUGAUUAUUUUUGGCAGGGGGGAAAAAAUGCACAGACUCAACAUGUUAAGCUUUAAAUGGAGCUGAGAAGAAGGAAGCUACCAGGAGGGGCAUGGGAGCAAUACUGAAACACAGUCUGUCUGAAACAAAUUUAGCUGGUACUUAUCUCUUCAAGAAGUGAUUUGGUUAUAUUAUGUUCUGGUGAGGCUCAACAGAUCUUCCAAGGGUUGCUCCUUCAGUGAUUUAUUUUUUAUUUUUUGUUAUCAACUAGGGUAUUUUAUGAUCCUUCAUUUAAAUGUCCUGCAGGUUCUGUAAUGCUUUUAUUCCUCGCCAGCCCCUUCAGAAGUCAAGCCACUGUUGUUAUCAAGCAAUUGUUCCUUUAUAUGUUUCUUGGAGAAAAGCUCAUACUUCUUAUCUCUGAAUUGCUGACAAAAUUGCUGCUGCUGUAUAGGAGAGCAACACCUGCUCAUUAUUCUGCACGUUUUUGGUAAAGAGGCAGUUCAGUCCUCAUUAUUGAAGACAGAUGAGCUGUUGUAGUAUGAAUUUCGUGGUAGUUCUGGGUAGUCCUUGAUGGGGCAUAUGACAAUGUUUCUUUUGGCUGUUGUUGGAUUUUAAAAAAAAAAAAAAAACACAACAACUUUCCAGACAACUUGUCUUGUGUGUGGUGACUUCAGGAUUUAGAUCUUGGCUGUGUAAGGGUUAUUAUCUGUCUAAUAACAUGCUCCACUGAGCUUGGUCUUUAUUGCAUUUGUGAGAAAUGAUUAAAGAAAUGCUCAGCAGUACGCUUCAGUCUUUGGAGGCUGCAUCAAAAAGCCCCCCAAACUUGUGAGAUGAGUAUCUUAUCAGGUUUCGUGCCAUUAUGCCACAUCCUUUUGAUAUGUUUUGGGGAGCAGGUGAGGUCACCCAGUUUUGUGAAUCAGAGACAAUUAACACUCCCACGACUAAAUGGACACUUUAUGAAUAUUCAGAGCCUGUUUCACCUCCCUGGGAAGCAAACACUUUGGUUCCCUUCUCUUUCCUCCGGCUGGAGACUGAGGAAGCUCUCCCUGUGAAGGGGGAUUGGCAGCUGUCAGGCCAUUUCGUCUUUUGCAUGCAAGCAAACUCCUCAUUUACAUCUUUUGUAUACACCCUCAUGCAAAGUAGCACACCCAUUUCCCCAUUUCACAAAGGAGAUAAGAGCUUCCUUUGGAAACGCCAGCCAAAAUCUCCUUCUGUUUAUGCGAAGCUCAAAGAUCUGGAUUUUAUGCAAAUGGCAUUCCGUUUUGAUUUAAAUUCUUUGUUUAAGAGAGAGUGUAAUAUUUGCACAGCGUGCUCCUUGUGUCCCGGGUCUCCUCCCGACUAUGACUGAUUGUCGCUCUUCCCCCAGUCUCUGCAGCCCGCUUCCAGCCGGCGUGUGGGAAAGUGCCGUGCUCCAGCGCCCUGGGCUUGUUUGGGAAACGAUUGCUGGAGGUGCCAGCAGCGCUGUCUGUCAUGGCUGGUGGGGCCGCGGGCUCCUGGCUGUGAUCCCCUCUAGCUGCUUGCCGGGAACCAUAGGGCCCUUCUUGUAGCUACAGCCUCAGCCGGGGGAAUGACCCACAUCAGGCGGCAGCAUCCCUCCUGCCCCAGAAGUGUGCACAAACACGCAUAACGCCCCAAAAGCAUUACGCUUCACGGUCUUUUCUGUGCCUUGGAUCGAGGCUCGGCUCAGCCCUGGUGCGGUGCUGUUCACGUGGCUGGCCUGGCUGCAGGAGUGGGCUUGGCCCGUGGUGGUAGUCUGGUGCACAGGGGACGAGGCGGCUGGUAGCACUUGGGUAAACAUGCACAAAGGAAGCUGUUGUCUUUAUUUAUCGCACAAAAAUAAUCUGUGAGAAAAGUUCUGCUUUCCUAAGCCUCAUGAUUACACAAGAACCCAUGUUUUGUUUUAUUUUUGGUUUUAGUGGCUUUCUGUUCUUUUUAACUUUUCUUUAUUUCAACUUUACUGAAAAUUGCCUUUGGCUUGAAAUAAAGCUGAGGCUCAUUAAAUGCUCCCAAAACACAGGCUUGUUCAGAACGGAUUUGUUGAAAGGUUUAUUGAUAUAAGCUAGAACACAUGCUGCAUGAAUGUACUGUAUUUCUUUAAAGUACUAGUUUUCAUUUUGUGUCUUUAUAAAUCAGUGGUAUGAAAUUAGGACCUUGAUUGUGUUGGGGCUACAUCCUAUAACAAACCAAAGGGAAAAAGAAGGUUUGGGGGGUGGUGGUGUUCUUU